GACCUUUCUCAUAUAUGUCCCUCUCCGCUUCUGCUCUCACAUAACGAAAUAGGGUAGAGCGAGCAGUGCAACACAACAUGCCCCCAUCCAGAGGAUCAUCUACCAGUACAACGACCACCAUGGCUGAAUUCGAUCCCUCUUCCGGACCUUCCCCCUCAAAACCAUCACCGCUUCGACGAUCAUCUGACCCCCCACCCAGCCCAAUCGUUCCUUCUCCUCACCAACUCCCUCAUGGAUGUAGCUAUGGGCCUCCACUUCCCCCUCAUCUUCAUCACCUUCUCCCUUCCUCGCUCCUCCCGUACCCUCCAGACAUACCACACCAUUCCAGGAAAUCAAAGGAGCAUAUAUCAGACACAGUAACGACGGCUACUUCGUCUCAACAGGUCAGUCCGAUCAGUCAAGGAUCUUCUUCUGAAAAGACCGUGACGAAUCCGACAGAGAUCAGAAUCAUCUGGGUCGACUUUCCUCCUCAAUCAACCAAAGACCCCUUUCACUUCCCUGUAUGGCGUAAGACUGCCAUCGUAUGCGUGGCCUCAUUCUUCACGUUGUUCACGGCUUUUUCCGUGUCUGGGUAUUCGAUAGGUAUAGAAAGUAUGAGCCGAGAUUUGGGGUGUACCACUCUUCAAGCUCAGGUCGGUCUGGGACUGUAUGCUUGGGGUUUCGGGAUCGCACCUUUGGUCUUAGCACCCAUAUCGGAAGAGUUUGGAAGACGAUGGGCUUACCUCGUGGCGAUCGUCAUGUACACGGUGCUCCACCUCGGGAUGGGACUGGCUCAAAAUACCGCGACCAUCCUCGUCGUACGCUUUCUACUGGGCGUGAGUGGAUCAGUAGGCGCAACCUUGGUUGGAGGUACCAUCAGUGAUAUCUACGAGCCGCAAGAUCGUGGUUGGCCAAUGUCCAUCUUCUCAGUGUGUGCACUGUGCGGAAGUGGAAUCGCAGCUCCUCUCAUGGCCUGUGUGGAAGCUACCCGCCAUCUUGAAUGGCGAUGGAUACAGUGGAUCCAGAUGAUCGUCAUGACCGCUUACAUCCCUUUCGUUUACUUUGUCCUACGUGAAACCCGUGCACCUGUCAUUCUUCGUCGGCGGGCGAAGCAUCUCCGGGAUCAACGGGGACUCCAAGAUGGUGGUAGAUACACGGCCAGAUCAGAGAUUGAUAAAGUUGGCUUUGGUCAAGCAGUCCGUACUUCUUUGUAUCGACCAAUACUCUUUUUAUUUACGGAACCUGUGGUCUUGUUCUUUUCAUGCUGGGUUUCCCUCGGUUGGGCUGUUUUAUAUGUAGAGUUAGAUGGUCUCGACUUUAUUUUCAGCAGAGUGUACAACUUCUCAAUCAAGCAAGUUGGUCUGGUGUAUCUUGUCAUCUGUAUUGGUGGGAUUCUCGGAUUUAUUUUGAAUUUCUGGCAAGAUGCUGUGUAUCGACGAAAGUUUGAAAAACGCGGUGUGGAAGCAAGACUUUAUGCACCAAUGGUAGGAGGUAUCACUCUUGCAGGAGGAUGUUACAUGUUCGCUUUCACCAGUCGAUCAGAUAUUCAUUGGAUUGUUCCUUGUAUCGCUCAAGUCAUCAUUUUCGCAAGCAUUUUUACAAUCUAUAUAGUUUCUUUCGUUUACGUGGCGGAAUGUUAUGGUUCUUACGCUUCAUCGGCCAUUGCAGGUAAUUCGUUUUUGAGAAAUAUGGUCGGUGGGGGUUUGUCCUUCGGAACCACUCAAAUCUACGAAAAACUCACUCCUAAAUGGGCCAUCUUCCUCUUCGGUAGUAUCGCCGCUGUACUCGCCAUCGUACCUUUUGUAGCAUUUUUCUACGGUCCCAUCAUCAGAGCUCGUAGUCCUUAUUCAAAGUUACUCAUGGCGGAAGAAAUGGAAAGAAUGGAACAAUCCAAUAUGGUCUCUGAUUUGGCUCAAAGAGAGAUUGAUGAUGAUGAUUUCGGUGGUGGUGAACGAGGACGUGGUGUUUCUCAUCGUGUAUAAGUACGAGUACAGCAGGAAAGUCAAAAUAUCCAGCUGUUAUACGUCUACGAAGCUUAUGCUAUGCUGUUCCUAAGAACUGAAGAGAGAAGAGGUCAUGAUGCAUUUUCAUUGUCUGUU